CGCAAGGCAACGUAGCGCCACGAGACUGAGAGAGUCGUGUUUACAGAUUCGCGCAGUAAGCUCCAUAACGUCACGUCAAAAAGUGCAAGAGACUAAAUUUCUAUUUACCCUUUACUAUGUAAAGGUGCGUUAGACGUUAAAGAUCAAGAACGGACAAAAAUCUAACUCUUAAACUGUUAGAUACGAUAAUAGCGAUUUAAAUCUACGUGAUAUCGUUAGUUCGAGAAGAACGUCGUUAAAUUGAUAUAUACGGGAGUCUCAUUCGUUUAAUAUACCGUAGUGGCAAUCGUUAGGAUGGUAGCCAUUUUGUCCGGAGGUGGCCCGGUCGAGUGAACGGGCGAAAAUAGGUGCUCCCUGGAGCGGGAGAUAAUGUAGAUAUUCUUUAUCGAAUCAAGGCCUUUAGGAUAUAAUUAUAUUUAAUGUCAGUACAUGAAUCGAGUGCUUGUUAUUGGUGGUGCAAUCGUUGGACCAAGAAUUAUUAAAAUAAUUGGAGCCUAGUGAACAGCAAGAAAAUGACAAUUGCUACAAGGGGCCAGGGGGUAGGAAUAGACCCUCCCGAUAGCCAGCAGAGUUCACAGAUGCAUAGUCCACCUGGUUCACAACAAUUAGCUGAUUCAAUGUCAGGUCUUCACCUCGCAGAAAAUGUGGUACAAACUGAGUGCGUCAACGAUGCUAUAACUUCUGUAGACGACAGUAAUCAGCACCUUAGAGAACCUGAUUUUCCUAUCUCUAAACUGAACAUACUUCAUGAAAAAAUAUCUAGUUCACGAUGGGUUGUCCCAGUCCUACCUGAACAAGAGUUAGAGUGCCUCUUACAAGCUAGCAUUGAGCUUUGUAAAAAGGGAAUUGAUGUACAAAGCGAAGCGUGCCAGCGUUUCUUUCGUGAAGGGCUUACAAUUUCUUUUACCAAAAUAUUGACAGACGAUGCGGUAAAUAGUUGGAAAUCGCACAUUCACAACUAUAUCAAUGCGAAUUGUGAACACUUAGUGGAACUCUGUGUUUUGAAAUUAGAUGAAGAUUGGUUUCCAUUACUUGAUUUAUUAGCAAUGGUUUUUGAUCCAAGUAACAAAUUUCAUACAUUUAAUGCAGCAAGAGCAUCUGAAACUGUUCCUCCUGGAAGUAAUAUUCCAGACGAGGAACUUUAUGCGCGUCCACCUAUCGAGUCGAGAACACCUCGUGGGUGGCUCGUAGAUUUAAUAAAUAGAUUUGGAAAGUUGAAGGGAUUUGAAAUUCUUCUAUCAAGAUUUCAAAGUCGUCGUAAUUUAACUGUGCCAGUUAUCUAUGCCCUGAUUAGGCCUUUUGGUUUAUGUUAUGAAUUACUGACAGUUCAUACAAUAAUUAAAUAUCAUAUGCCCAUUGUGGAAAUGAUACCUGUUAUUUUGGACAAUUUAACUGAUGAUGAAUUAAAGAAAGAGGCUAAAAAUGAAGCAAAAAAUGAUGCCAUAUCAGCCAUAAUUAAAGCUGCUAAAUGUUUGGUAUCAAGAGUACCACAUCAAGAAGAAAUGAUAAAAAACCUGGAGAUACUGAGAUUAAAAAUGAUAUUGCGACUACUACAAAUAUCUUCCUUUAAUGGAAAAAUGAAUGCUUUAAAUGAAGUUAAUAAAGUUAUUACAAGUGUGAAUUACUAUCAGCAUCGUAAUACUGCUGUCGAGGAAGAAGAAUGGUUGACUGCUGAACGUAUGGCAAAAUGGAUUAAAGAUAACGGAGUAUUGGAAAUAGUUUUGAGAGAUUCGCUACAUCAACCACAAUACGUAGAAAAAUUGGAAAAAAUUUUACGAUUUAUCAUUAAAGUACGAGCUCUAACAUUAGAAGACUUAGAUAACAUAUGGGCAGCUCAAGCUGGCAAACAUGAAGCUAUUGUAAAGAAUGUUCAUGAUUUGUUGGCUAAAUUAGCUUGGGACUUUAGUCCCGAACAACUUGACCAUCUAUUCGAAUGCUUUCAGGCAAGUUGGAAAACUGCUAAUAAAAAACAACGAGAAAAAUUAUUAGAAUUGAUUAGAAGACUUGCAGAAGAUGAUAAGGAUGGAGUUAUGGCUCAUAAGGUGUUAACACUUUUUUGGAAUCUGGCUCAUUCGGAUGAAGUUCCCACUGAAAUAAUGGAUCAGGCAUUGAAUGCGCAUGUUAAAAUUUUAGAUUAUUCAUGUUCGCAAGAAAGAGAUGCACAAAAAACAAUCUGGUUAGAUAAAUGUGUGGAAGAAUUAAAAAGUGGAGAUAAAUGGGCUUUACCUGCUCUUAAACAAAUCCGAGAGAUUUGUUUGUUAUACGAAGCAAAUUCUAAUCCAGCUCAUCAACGUAGCCAUAAUUUACAUUAUAGACAGGAUGUUAUAGAACGUUUACAGCAGGACCAUUUAGUUGUAGUACUUGUAAGUAACAGUUUAACAAGUUAUAUGGACAAAGUGCGUCAAUUGGUAAAGGAGAAUCCAGACCUUGAUCCAAAUACCUUUGUGCCUGAUGGUCGAUACAAUCAUAUUAUGCAAGUGCACGAAAGACUUAAUUUUUUGCGUUUUCUAUUAAGAGAUGGUCAGUUAUGGUUGUGUGCAGAACAAGCCAACCAAAUUUGGCAGUGUUUAGCCGAACAAGGUGUAUUUGUAUCAGAUCGGGAGGCUUGUUUCAAAUGGUUUUCUAAACUUAUGGGAGAGGAACAGGAUCUAGAUCCAGGAAUAACUACAACCUUUUUUGAAAAUAAUAUACUGCGAUUAGAUCCAACGUUGCUUACUGAAAGUGGUAUAAAGUGUUACGAGAGAUUUUUUAAAACUGUUAAUUCUAAACAAGGAAAGUUGAUACUAAAGAAAAGAACAUUACUUAUGGAUGAUGUUGAUUUGAUCGGAACUGAUUAUUUGUGGCGGGUGGUAACAAAUAGUCCUGAAGAAAUCGCUAAUCGUGCUAUAGAACUUUUAAAAGAAGUAAAUACUAACUUAGGACCACGUUUGCAAUCAUCCGCGUUAGAAUUUCAUGAUGAUUACAUAGCAGAAUGUAUGGAUAGAUUAAAAACCCAUUAUGAUACUGUAUCUGCCUUAAGUAAGGUUUAUCUUGGGAAGAAAGAAGAAAGAGAUGAGCAAAUGUCAAAUAAAAUUAAAGUGGAGGCUAUAAAAAUGUGUCGCGUAAUGAAAGUGUUGCAGGAGUAUAUUAACGAAUGUGACUCCGCAUUUCCAGAGGAAAGAAAAAUAUUGCCAUUGCAUAGAGCAGCUCGUGGGAAACAUUUGUCUCUUAUAAUUAGAUUUCCAAAUCAUAUUCGUAAUACGGAUGAUAUUGAGAUAUAUACACACAGCAAUGACACAUUGGCUUCAUUAAAACGUCAAAUAUUACGUCGAUUGAAAGGGAGAGAGAUGAGAGAGAUUGGAACUAACGUAAAACUCGAUUUAUUCAUUAAUGGUGAAGGCUUAGAACAAGCGGAUGAUAGAAAAUUGUUAUCUCAAAUUCCACUUAGAGAUAAAAUGCUAUUAUCUGCAAGAUUAAGUCAGAUAAAUAGUAACCUGCCUAGUUCUCCAGAUAGUAGUUCAGAUAGUUCUACUAGUUCUCCUCAUCAUCCUUACGAUGGGCCCAAUGUUGAGAACAGUUUACCCGGAGUGGUCAUGUCGCAGAGGCCACAAUGUGUGAAUUUUUUCUUCCAAUUAGCGGAUCUUGGUUGUACAUUACAACACGCUCAGUUACGUGAUGGUGCUCGAAAUCUUUUGCAAUUGGUACCACCUGAUAAUUUGACAGUGUCAAGAUUACAAUGGUUUUUUGGUCAUUAUGAAGAUGAUGAAACUUCACAAAGUCCUCAUUGUAAUGAACAUAAUACUACAGUAGAUUCUUUAUUUUUUACUGCAAGUCCUAGCGAAGUUUUAUAUAAUUUAGAGGUGUUAUAUGCAUUGUUGAUGCCAACCCUUGAUGCUCUAUCUGAUAGAGCACUUAAAUUUCAAUUUAAUUUUAUUAAAAGCGGCGAAGUAGGGGUCAUACUUGAUAUGUUAACGAAAAAUAAAUUUUUGCCAAAUGCAGAUGAGACUACCAAACGAUCUGCAUAUUUGAUAGUGUUUAAACUCUGCAAAUUUUUAUUAACAGUAGUUGGAAAUGUAAUGGCGUGCGUAUUGGAUACAGUUCAAGCUGGGCACUCGGAAAAUCAUAAUAAUCAUAUACAAGAUAAUCAAGAUCCAGUGACAGUUUUAAAACAAGCUUUACAAAGCAUACCUAAUCAAACCACGGAAUUUAUGCUAAGAAGUAUUGCUACGCGUUUAGUUAAGCCAUUGUCGCUACGAAUGUUCUCUGGUGGAACGGAUUCUGAUAGAUGUCAUCAGCUUUUUAUGCUAGCGCUAUCGCGAGAUUUACCUGAUGUGGCCACCAUUCGUGCCAUAAUUAGAUUAGCCUGGGCUGCAUCAACUGGAAAUUUAAACAAUAUUAAUGCAUCCAUCGAGAGUCUUCAUGCGAUGCAUGAGCUCAAUCAGAAGGAACAAAGAUGUCCUGAUAAUAAUGAUGUACUAGUUUGUAAAGAAGCAUUGGAAGUCUUAACAAUAGCUUUAGCGCUUAAUUCAGCAGCAUUCGAUGUUCUAUUGAGAGAAAAAAUGUGGCAAAUGUUUUUAAUAGAUCUUGUACUACUUAGUACAUCGAGAGCGAUCAGAAUUGUGGCAGCAGAGCAAUUUUUCCUAGUGUCGACAUGGUGCCGCAGUGGAAAUCCACCAGUGUUAUUUACUAUUACAUUACUCUUUAAUGUUUUAAAUACUACAGUUAUGGAAAAUUCUAAACAGUGUCAUGAGUAUUUUCAGCUCUUAUGUAGAUUAUUAAAUUUUGCACAUACGUCAGGAUGUUCUUUCUUAGCUGUAGAAAACUUAUUAAAUAUUGAAAUAGCUUGGUUAAAACAAGUGAGAGAUAGAGUUAAAGAAUCGGGGGAAAGUCACGUUGAUGAAGCUGUUCUUGAAGGUCAUCUUAGUUUAACUAAGGAAUUAGUAGCCUUUUUGCCUGCUAGUAAAAAGUACGAAAUAGGAUCUGAUGAGAAACAUGGAAUCAAUUUAAUAAAGGAGUCAUCUAAGGAAUUUGUAGCUUUCUUGUCUGCUAAUAAAAAGUACGAAAUUGGAUCUGACGAGAAACAUGGAAUCAAUUUAAUAAAGGAAUUGGUAGAAGAUUUUGUCUUCCCUGCAUCACGUUUAAUGCUGCAACUACGUAGUACCGGAGAAUUAAGUUCAUCUCAAGCUUGUCCAGUGUGUACUACUCCUCAGUCAACCAGCGCAGCCUUCGAAUUACUUGUAGCUCUUUGUACAGGUUGCGUACCCAACAUGAAACUUCUAGUCACGAUGCUCACUGACAUGUUUUAUUCUGAAAGAGAUGAGCCAUUAAUUGAAUGGGACUAUUUACCACCGGUUGGGCUUAGGCCACUAAAAGGCUUCGUAGGUUUGAAAAAUGCUGGAGCUACAUGUUAUAUGAACUCAGUAUUACAACAAUUAUACAUGGUUGAAAGUAUUAGAGUUGGACUAUUAGCUGCUGAAGGUGCAGCAACCGAUUUAAACGAAGAUUUUUCUGGAGAAGAAAGAAUUGAAGGAGAACAAACAAUAGAAACUAACGAUAAUGAUACCAAUGAAGAAAAAUGUGGAGUUGACGAGUCAAGGAAAGAAUAUAAUAUUGGCAUUUUAAAACAGGUUCAAGCUAUAUUUGGACAUUUGGCUUACAGUAAACUACAAUAUUACAUACCAAGAGGUCUUUGGAAACAUUUUAAAUUGCAGGGCGAACCUGUUAAUCUUAGGGAACAACAAGAUGCAGUGGAGUUUUUUAUGAGCUUGGUCGAAAGUUUAGACGAAGCACUCAAAGCUUUGGGGCAUGAGCAAAUAAUGAGUAAAAUACUUGGUGGCUCAUAUAGCGAUCAAAAAAUCUGCAAAGGUUGCCCUCAUAGAUAUUCCAAAGAAGAACCGUUCAGUGUGAUUAGCGUGGAUAUAAGAAAUCAUAGUAAUCUAUUGGAUUCUCUUGAACAAUAUGUGAAAGGUGAACUAUUGGAAGGAGCCGAUGCUUAUCAUUGUGAUAAGUGCAACAAAAAAGUAGUAACUGUGAAGAGGCUAUGCGUGAAAAAACUGCCACCUAUUUUAGCGAUACAGCUAAAAAGGUUUGAAUAUGACUAUGAACGAGUUUGUGCUAUUAAAUUUAAUGAUUAUUUCGAGUUCCCAAGAGAUCUGGAUAUGGAACCUUAUACAGUCUCUGGGUUAGCCGAAUUGGAAGGUGAAGUCAUAGAUUGCGAUUACGAGGAAUCUAUAAAAGGAACUUGUACGAAGUAUCAAUUAACUGGCAUCGUAGUACAUAGUGGCCAGGCUAGUGGUGGCCAUUAUUAUUCAUAUAUUUUGCAUAGGCAAACUGAUGGUACUGCUAGAUGGUAUAAAUUUGAUGACGGAGAUGUAACGGAAUGUAAAAUGGAAGAAGAAGAAGAAAUGAAAUCGCAAUGCUUCGGUGGUGAUUAUUUGGGCGAAGUAUUUGAUCAUAUAUCGAAGCGAGUGAGUUAUCGUAAACAAAAACGAUGGUGGAAUGCAUAUAUGCUUUUUUAUACCAGACUAGAUAUAGAAGAAAAUUCUUUAAUGAAAAGUUUCAAUGAAUUGUCAUUAUAUACUAAGCUAGGUGUAAUGAAAAUGCCGCAAGCUAUUGAAUACAGUGUGAGAAAGCAGAAUAUUAAAUUUAUGCAUAAUCGAAAUCAAUUUAGUGCUGAAUAUUUUCAAUUUAUUAAAAAAUUAGUCUCUCCUGAUAAUCAUAAUAUUAACAGACAAUAUCUUAACGAAAAACCCAGCCCAGAAGCAGAAGAGUUGUCAAUGUUGGCAGUACAAUUAGCCUCAAGAUUUCUAUUCUUUACUGGUUUUCAUACUAAAAAAACAUUACGUGGUGCAGCUACAGAGUGGAAUGAUAUUUUAUGUCAUCAUCUUUGUAGUAGUAAAGCAGUACGUUCUUGGUUUGCUCACAAUGUUCUUCUUAAUCAUCCACAUAGAUUUUGUGAAUAUCUAUUAAGUUGUCCUAGUACCGAAGUACGAACAGCUUUCGUUAAAAUUGUGGUGUGUCUUGCACAUUUUUCAUUACAUGAUGGCCCAUCUAUGCCUACUAGUAUAAAUUCACCAAAUAUACUUGUGGAACCUACUACAAGACUGAGCGAUCAUCUAAUGCAUGCAGUACUUUCGUUACUCCAAAGAGAAAUUUCCGAUCAUGGUCGGCAUCUUCCACAUUAUUUUUCAUUAUUUCAUAUGUAUGCUAAUUUAGGAGUGCAAGAGAAGAUGCAAUUGCUAACGCUUAAUGUUCCAGUUACAUUUAUGUCAGUUGCAAUUGAUGAAGGACCUGGGCCAGCAAUAAAAUAUCAAUAUCCCGAGUUGACUAAACUUCAUCAAGUUGUUAGCAUGUUGAUACGUUGUUGCGACGUAUCUUCAAGAACAACAACGAAAGAUACACCUUUACCAAAUCCAUAUGGUGAUCCGUCGUGCCAGUCGGGUUAUUUAAUGCCUAUUCAACCGCAGGCAGCUGAACUUCUUUUUGUUGAGAACAGCUAUAUGAAAAAGUUAAUAGAAGAUGCUAAUGUUACCGAAGAUACUACCAAGUUAUUACAAUUUUGUUGUUGGGAAAACAUAACUUUAUCGCGGACAGUAAUUAGUGAAUUACUUCUACAAAUAAGUUUUGUUUACGCGCACGAAUUAAGGCAUCACACGGAUCUUCUUCUUGCUAUACUUCUUAUGGAAGAUAAUUUGCAGCAUAAUCGUAUUUGUAUAGCGCUUCAAGGUUUAUUCGAAGAAAGAGAGGGAUUAUUUGACAUAAUCCUGAAAUCUAAAAAUCAACAACAGAAACGAGCAUACCAAUGUAUAAAGUGUAUGGUACAAUUGUUUAGCAAAUGUAGAGCCGCGCAUCGAUAUUUGUGUCACUCGUCCGAAUUAAAACGAAAGUGGAUGCACGCGGUCGAGUGGCUUCACGAUGAGUUAGAUAAAAGACCAUAUCCACCGACAGCACCCUAUACACUACCAUACAAUAAUUGGUCUCCUCCAGCACAAUCCAAUGAUUCAACGAAUGGAUUUGGAUUAGAACGUAGCAAUAGUGCUAAAAAGACUUUGGAAAAAGCAGUAGUUUAUUGUUCUGAAAUGGAACCAGAAAUCGAAGAUACCAGGGAAGAUUGCGUAGAAGAAGCAGUUAACUAUCAGUCCCAAGCGAGAGACUUGUUACGAUCUGGUCGUAGUGUAGUUUGGGGAUCUGCGUCUAUAGGUUAUCCCGAAGUUUCCGUAAUACAACAAAUGCAAGAAGAUCAGCCACAGCCUGGACCAUCUCCAGUUCACACACCUCUUUUAGCACAUCAAAUUCGCACUCCACAUAAUUGUGAGUCCUCCCAAAGUACAAGUCAGGAUCCAUAAUGAAUACUAAAUAUCGACCUUCUAUUGAGUUGCUGUCUCAGAGAAAUCAUGUCACAAUCUUUUAAUUAUUACUGUGCCAGCAGCUUGGUGUUGAAUGGAAAACGUAUGUACAGAUAUAAUAUACUUGAAAAAUUGUUUCUUGUGAUUGGACUACGCGAACUACUAUUAAUCUGUCAGUUUCACUGUGGGCAGUUACUUUACAUUCGUAUAUGAUAUGGCAUCAUAUUUUGCACUGCAAGAAAUUAGGAAGAUGAUUUCGUUUGAAGACAGAAUAUAUGCAUGUUAAUUGAGGUAAACUCUACAAUCGAUAUCUUUAUUUUCAGUUCAUAUGAUUAUUACACAUUUUUUGUGUCUCCUCUCUCUAACACACCACAUACACACACAUGUUCACACAACUUACACGUACACGUACAUGUACACAUACACGCACACCAAUGCCGUGGAUAAUAAAUUUCAUACAAACGACGUUUUUUCUUUUUAAUCGAUUCUCGAAGCCGU